AUGGUAGAUAGUCUUAGGGUGUCCAAGUUUCGCCCGGACAAGCUGAGUAUAAGAGAGAGAUCAGCUCAGCUCUUAAAGGUAGUCUCUUUCUUUUCCUCGAGGUCUUUAAUUCCUUGGCAGAAGCUGAGAGAGAGAGGGAUACUAGAAUCUCUUGGGAUGGAUUUCAGCUGUGCUGUGGGAUCUCUCCGCCACGUUAAAGUCCCAGACAAAGACUGCUUGCUGCCUCUCAUUUCCAAGCUCCUCGGCUAUUGCAUUGUUGCCACUUCCACCAUCGUCAAGCUCCCCCAGAUAAUAAAAAUUUUGAAACAUAGAAGUGUCAGAGGCCUUAGUGUUGUGGCCUUUGAGCUUGACGUAGUCGGCUACACCAUUUCUUUGGCAUAUUGUCUUCACAAAGGACUUCCCUUUUCAGCUUAUGGGGAGUUGACAUUUAUUUUAAUUCAAGCUAUAAUAUUAAUUGCCACGAUUUACUAUUAUUCUCAACCUUUGGGUACUAAAACAUGGGUCAGGGCAUUACUAUAUUGUGCUGUAGCACCAACUAUUCUAGCUGGUCAAAUUGAUCCUGUUCUCUUUGAGGUCCUCUAUGCAUUUCAGCUUGCAAUUUUUUUCUUCGCCAAGAUCCCACAAAUAUGGAAGAACUUUUCUAACAAAAGCACAGGGGAGCUCAGUUUCUUAACAUGUUUAAUGAAUUUUGCUGGUUCCAUGGUGAGAGUUUUUACAAGCAUCCAGGAAAGAACACCAAGAAGUGUUCUUUUGGGUGCUGUAAUUAGUAUUACUACCAGUGUUACCAUCCUGAUUCAGAUGAUUAUGUACCGAAAGCCUCGUACCAAGGCAGAGAAGAAAAUAAAGUAGAACCUGACACGUCAUGGGUAGCUUUCCCACCAUAACAAAAGCCUCAACAGGUGCUUCCGCCAAGCGAUCAACACACAAGUUUUAAAGUUCUUUAGGUGUGUCUCAUCUUUCUUUACAGUCGUAGCUUAAUUCAAGGGUUCAGGGAAUGUUCCAAGUGGGACAGUUUCUUAUUAGAGGAUACAUGAAUGCAUAAGCAAAUGAAGAAACUACAGUUCUAUUUGAGGAAUAAACAUUCGAUAGCUUAUUGUAAACCCUCAUCAGGAUUCCCUUUUUGGAAAGGUUUACUACUACAUCAAGAGCAA